AUGGUUGUUCUAGUCGCCGCGCGAGCCACUCAGCAGGGCCUCUUCCAGGCCAUCAGUUUCACCUCGUUUCUAUCACAUUCGUGCCUAAAACGAGGGCGACCAUGCGCGCUCCUCUCCCGCCUCCAUUCCGCCUCCCCAGCACUCCCCUCCCCGUCUAUCCUCCGCGUAUCCCCGCUCACGCUCCCCGCCAACGGCCUCCGCUCCCCAUUAAGUCCCGCGCCAUCGCCGCAAAUCGCGGAUGCCGAGUCGAAGAACCGACGUGGAGCCGCGUCCAAAUCUGCUCUCCUAACCUCCGCGCCGCUCUUACUCCUUCCGAGCCAACAACAGCAGGCGCCUCGUGGGGUCGCGGCUCGGGCUUCCUCUAAAUCCUCUCGAAUCGUCAAGGAUGCCUCUAAGAAAAAAGGCGGGAAAAUUGGUCUAGGAGGAUCCGGCCAGGAAGCGAAGCAGCAGCGAAGGGGGGGUAGCGGACACGGCGGCUCGGCUUUUGGAGCUAACGAGCUCACCGGCAACGGGGGUUUGCUCGAAGCGAAACCGUCCGAUUUGGGCGAUCUGGGUUUAUCCAAGGACGUGGACGCGGCGUGGCUUCUUAGCGGGUCCCGAGACAAUAUCGAGGAUGACGUGCCGGAUUCCCCGUUUCUAGACGCGGUCGUUAAGGUGUACUGUACGCACACGCAGCCGAAUUUCUCUCUGCCCUGGCAGAAGCGGCGGCAGUUUUCGUCGACGGGCAGCGGGUUCAUGAUUCCGGGCAGGCGAAUUUUGACGAACGCGCAUUGCGUGGAACACCACACGCAGGUGAAGCUGAAGCGACGCGGCGACGACACCAAGUUCGUCGCACGCGUGCUGGCGAUUGGAGUUGAGUGCGACAUUGCGUUACUCGCUGUGGACGACGAAUCGUUUUGGCAGGGCCGCCAACCCCUCAGGUUCGGCGGCCUCCCUCACUUGGAAGACGCAGUGACAGUGGUGGGGUACCCAGUGGGGGGCGACAGCAUAUCAGUCACCUCUGGGGUCGUCUCGCGCAUAGAAGUAACCGCAUAUGCUCACGGCGCGUCAGAGCUCCUAGGCGUGCAAAUCGACGCGGCAAUCAACCCCGGGAACAGUGGCGGCCCCGCUUUCAAUGACCGCGGGGAGUGCGUAGGGAUAGCGUUUCAGUCUCUAAAAGAUAGUGACACGGAGAAUAUUGGGUACAUUAUCCCGACGCCGGUCAUCUCGCAUUUUCUCGGGGAUUAUCGGCGGAACGGGCAGUACACCGGUUUUCCCGCGAUCGGAAUCCUCUGGCAGAGGCUGGAAAAUCCUGCGCUUCGGGCAGCUCUGAAAAUGUCGCCCGGGCAGAAGGGCGUUCUCGUGCGAAAAGUCGACCCGACGUCUAAAGCCCACGGGAUGCUACAGCAAGGGGAUGUGAUUAUGUCUUUUGACGGUGUACCGAUCGCUAGCGACGGCACCGUGCCUUUCCGAACCGGCGAGCGCAUCUCCUACGGGUUUCUGGUCAGCCAAAAGUUUUCCGGCGAGGUUGCCCGGCUGGAAAUUCUUCGUGACGGGCAGCUGAUGAAAGUUCAGGUGGAGCUGAAGCCGCCGAAACGGCUCAUUCCGGUCCACACGGGAGGGAAACCACCGACCUAUUUGAUUGUAGCAGGGCUUGUUUUCACUCCGGCGGUGCAGCCGUUUUUGCAGUCGGAGUAUGGGAGCGAGUUUGAGUUUGAGUCGCCGGUCUCGCUGCUGCAGAAGCUGCUGCAUGGGCAUGCGGAGCAUGAGGACGAAGAGGUGGUGGUGCUGAGUCAGGUGCUAGCGCACGAGGCUAAUAUAGGCUACGAGGACAUCACCAACACGUGCCUCGUGUCCCUCAACGGCACGCGGGUGCGCAACGUGCGGCAGCUGGCAGCGCUGGUGGACGCGUGCACAGCGGACUGGGAUAGCCAGCCGUUCAUGUGCUUUGAGCUGGAGCACCGGCAGCUGGUGGUGCUGGAAACUAAGAGUGUGCGGGCUGCCACGGCUGAUGCCAUGGCGGAUCACAGCAUACCCCGUCGCCGCCGCACGCGUCCGCAAGCCCUACAGGUGCAGAGGCGAUGCGCGCUCGCUGCGCUAACCCCUCCCCGCGAGAGCUCCCCCAGCCUGAUUCCGCCUUUCCCCAGCAUGGCCCACUCCCCCGAUGGAUCGCAGUCGCGCAAACUGCACCUUUCCUUGAACGUCCCUUCCCCCUCGUCACUUGCGCGAAAUCUCUCCCCCUCCUGCGCGCCACAAGCCCCCGCAACCUGUGCUGCCGCGGCGUCGUCCUCCGCUCACUCCGUCUACUCCCCCGGCCCCGCAUCCGCUCCCGCGGGUCCUCCUCAUCUUCCGCCUUCCGCCUCGCUUCUGCGCCGCGCAUCCGCGCCGACUCUUCCGGAGCCGCAGCAGGGCAUCGCGGUGGUAUCGAGAGCUUGCGCCGCCCGCGCUUCUGACAGCUACGGAACGCAAGCUGACGGGCAGAUGCGGCAGGGGCAGCAGAAGCAGCAGCAGAAGGAGCAGCAGAGGGAGCAGCGAAAGGAGCAGCGGAAGGAGCAGCACCGUGGGAGCGCCGACCACAUUCACCCUGCGCGUGACGCGCAGCCGCAACAGCCGCUUACCUUCGGGACUGACGAGCAAUGGGAGCGGAUCUUGGCUACGCGACGGGAGACUCGGCGCAGGGAUGCUACUAGAAUUAGUAUGGAUAGUAUCGAAGCGCGCGCCGGCACUAUCAGAGGCAGCACGACUGCUGCCGUAACUACUGCAGCGAUUGCUGGGCAGAGAAUGCAGCCGAUACGAGGGGGGCUACAGCGCUCCGGCGGAAGCUGCGACGUCGGGCGUCUCGUCUCAUCGAUGGACGCGCGCGAAUGCGACUCCCCGCCGGCGGGAACUCGCUCCGCGCACCGGCACGUUCCGCGGGCCGCCACCGGCUCCGCCGGGGUGAAACAGUCGGAGCGCCUGCGGCUGUCGAGGAGCGGCGGGAGCUGCGACAUGGCGCGGGUGGUGCAGAUGCUAGAGGACGAGAUGGACCGCGAGGAGCGCGACGCGCGGAAGGGGUGUGCCGCCGCCACGGGCACCGCCGCGGGGAAGCGGUCGGAGCGCCGCCUGCCCGCCGGUAGGGCAACACUGGCGGGGAGCGGCGGGAGCUGCGACAUGGCGCGAUUGGUGCAGAUGCUAGAGGACGAGAUGGAUCUCCGACGCACGCGUGCGCGAGGCCUUCUUGCUGCGUAA